CCGUGCGGAGCGCGAGCGCUUCCCACAAUGCACCCGCCGCUCAGCGGGAAACCAAAAUGGCGAGAUCAACCAAGCAAAGCCGCCGUGUACCAUAGUGUAAAAGUACAGUGAUUUUGAAUUAUCCCGCUAAAGAAACAUCACUUCGGUUCUUAGCAGUUUAACCAAGGUCCUGAAUUUCGUUUUUGUUGGUGUUCUUUGUGUUCGUGAGACAUUGUAACCCGGGAAAGUGGCCGAAUGAGAGACUCAGGAAGUGCAGAUAACCUGGCUGCCCAUCAAAAGACACCUCCAAAUCGGCAACAGAAGUCACCGGUGCCCUUAUCGCAAUAUUCCUUGAAAGAUGGGCUGACCGUCACGGCCAAGAUUGCAAGCAAGUUUGAAGAAGGGCAAGACGUCCUGGCUCGAUGGUCAGAUGGACUCUUUUACCUGGGGACUAUUACCAAGAUAGAUAAACGUAAGCACCGGUGCUUUGUGAUCUUUGAAGAUCAGUCUAAAUCCUGGGUUCUUUGGAAGGAUAUUCAGACAGUUGACAGACCACAGAGUCUCCAAGCUUACACAAACCGUAAGUUCCACAUCGAGCCAGGGGACGAGAAUAGGGAAGGUGACAGUGGAGGUGAGAUGCUCUGCUCUAUAUGCCAGAAUGAAUGCUCUGAGCCUCCCAAUGAAAUAGUCAUCUGUGACAAAUGUGGGCAAGGAUACCAUCAGCUGUGCCACGCUCCCGUAAUCGACUCAAGUGUCAUUGCGUCUGAUGACAAAUGGCUCUGCAGACAGUGCGUGUUUGCCACAACAACAAAGAGAGGUGGUGCUCUGAAGAAGGGCCCUAAUGCCAAAGCCCUACAGGAAAUGAAGCAGUCUCUGCCAUACGCCCUUGAAGACUUAGUGUGGGAUCAGGGCCACAAGACCAACGUCCAGCAAUGUUACUGUUACUGUGGAGGGCCUGGGGACUGGUAUCUGAAAAUGCUACAGUGUAAUAAGUGUAAGCAGUGGUUUCAUGAAGCCUGCAUCCAAUGUUUUCAGAAGCCAAUGCUCUAUGGAGACAGGUUCUAUCUAUUUAUUUGUUCAGUCUGUAACAGUGGACCAGAGUACCUCAAACGCCUGCCUUUGAGAUGGGUAGAUGUUGCACACCUAAGCCUCUAUAACCUGAGUGUAAUUCAUAAAAAGAAAUACUUUGACUCGGAGCUGGAACUGAUGGCCUACAUCAAUGAUAACUGGGACAGACUACAGCUUGGCGAGCUUGCAGAGACCCCGAGAGCAGAACGAUAUGAAUGCAUCCUGGAAGCACUUAACAGCAACCUCAACAUGUUCAUGUCAGGAAAGGAGAUAAAGAAGAAGAAGCACCUGUUUGGAUUACGGAUUCGGUUCCCACCAGGCCCCCAGAGCUCGGAGCUCCCAUCAGAUCGUGAACAGGAAAAAGCCUCUCAUGAGAUUAAGAUCAAAGGCAGGAAGGCCACCAAACCAUCUCAUUCAUCCAGCACCGUCACUAAUGGAGUGGUGCAGAAAGGGAAGAGGAAACACCGUACACACUCCUUAGAGACACUGGCCAAAUUGAGAAGGUCAAGUGAAAUUUUGGCACAGGCUGAUUUAAAGUUUCCAACUGUAGACAACGGCUCACUUGACCUGAUGACUUCACAAAGUAUCAAAACGGAAACAUUUUUGCCUUCAUCAAGUACCUCAGAUGUUGAAUCCCUUGGUGCCACCAGCACCAGUGAAUCUACCUCAACCAUCUUAAAGCAGUCCAGCUUGAGCAGUCCGAGCGGACCACACACUGGAUUCCCCUGGCCCACUGUAUCACAGCCCCCAAUUAAAAGACGCAGAGGGCGGCCUCGACGAGAGCCGCAGCAUCCCAAUCCUGAGGUCCCCACACCGUUUAACCAACCAGAGCCGCAACCCAGCACCAAUCUACCCAGCCCAGUCCCCUCUUGCCUCUAUGGUGGCAUGGACAUGGACCUGGACUCCGACACCCAGCUUAGCCACCUCAAAAGUUCCAUCACCACUUACUUUGGAGCUGCAGGCCGUCUGGCCUGCGGGGAGAAGUACCGUGUACUGGCCCGCAGAGUCACUAAUGAUGGCAAAGUACAGUACUUGGUGGAGUGGGAGGGGGUUACUGCCUCCUGAGCUUGUUACGGGUGUGGUCACAUACAAUGUACCUCUGGCCAUCUAGUGGCUGUUUUGGCUUCAGUUGUGUACUUUGUUUUUGUAACAUAUGUAACUGGUAUGAAAGCAGUGCUCCUGUUACAGAAUGUACAUGGUUAACUAAGAUUUUCAGUGGCCUCAGGACUGUCUCGGAGAUUAAGAUAGAAGAGAUGUCUCUGCAAAUUCAUAUAGACUGCCUUCGCACGGACUGGAUGGACACGUUAGAGGCGCUUCAGGUUGAAGACAUCAUCACUUCACUACUGUGUGAACGUAACCUGAGUCUUUGCUUUUUUGCCUCUGAUGUGCAGGUGCCUUAAAGGGUUGUGAAACAGAUAUUAUAUAUAUUAGAUGUAUAUGCUGCUGGAGACAAAUGUUUUCUCAUAGCUUAAAUUGCCAAGAACAGAGAGCGCUAUUGUCAGUAGGGCACUUUUGUUUCGAUUGAUUGCACAUACGCUCUCACCCUAGACAUCCAGUCUCAUCUCAGUUUAUAUAACCUUGCGUGUAGUUCUUCAAAAAACUGACAUUGAAAAUGGUUAACUCUUCUUCUGCCACACAGUAUGUGAAGUUACAAGUAUUGACAGCAUUAAUGUCAUCAUCAGGUAUUGGCUUCUGUGAGAAUUUACACACACAAAUGUAAAGUUGGCUAAUGUAAAGAAGUUUACAGUUUUUGAUUUCUUCUCCUGAAGUAUAGUUUGUGUUUGUUAAAACGGUAUAACAGAGCGCAGCAGCAUUAGGUCUCCAUACCUCCCCAGAGCCCCCCCC